AUCGAGAUGAAGGUGGAGAUGGUGGAGUCGACGCUGGUGGCGCCCAGCGAGGAGACGCCGCGCCAGGCGCUGUGGCUCUCCAACUUCGACGUCACCGCUGCAAUGACGCACACGGCGCUGGUCUACUACUACCCGGCGCCGACGACGGGCGGCGAGGGCUUCUUCUCGCCGGACCGGCUGAUGGCGGCCCUGGCCAAGGCGCUGGUGCUGUUCUACCCGCUCGCCGGGAGGCUAGGCAUGGACGAGGAUGGGCGGCUGCAGAUCGACUGCCAUGGCGAGGGAGCGCUAUACGUCGUCGCAAGGGCGGACUGCACCGGGGAGGACCUCUUCAGCAACUACGUGCCCUCGCCAAAAGUCAGGCGCGUGUUCGUCCCGGUGGCGCCGUCCGGCGACCCGCCUUGCCUAAUGGCCAUGUUUCAGGUGACGUUCCUCAAGUGCGGCGGAGUGGUACUGGGCACAGCGAUCCACCACGCGCUCAUGGACGGAAUCGGCGCGUUCCACUUCAUCCAGACGUGGUCCGGCUUGGCGCGUGGCCUCGCCGUCGCCGAGGCAUGCCCUUCGCCGCCCUCCCACGACCGCACGCUCCUCCAAGGGCGUUCGCCGCCGCACGCCGACUUCCACCACUCGGCCUACUCCUCGGCGCACCUCAGCGGCCUCCCACGCCCCUGCAUUACCCUUCGCUACUCCGUCUCCCCCAAGCUGCUCGCGGACCUCAAGUCGCAGUGUGCGCCUGGAGUGUCUACCUACGGCGCCGUCACCGCGCACCUCUGGCGUUGCAUGUGCAUCGCGCGCGGGCUCGCCUCCGGCUCCGACACACACCUCCGCGUCACGGUCAACGUCCGCCACCGCCUAUGCCCGCCGGUCCCGCGCUACUUCUCCGGAAACGCCAUCCUGCGUGACCUCGUCACCGUCAAGGUGGCCGAUGUGCUGUCGAAGCCAUUGGGAUACAUGACCGACGCAAUCAAGAAGUCGCUGGAGGACGUUGACGACGCGUAUGUGCGCUCGAUGAUCGACUACCUGGGGCUAGAGUCCGACAAGGGAAGCUUGCAGGUCGCGCCAUGGCAGCUCCUACCGGAGUCUGACCUGUGGGUGACAGCCUGGCUGGGGCUGCCCGUGUACGACGCCGACUUCGGCUGGGGCGCGCCACGGUUGGUUGCGCCCGCACAGAUGUUCGGCACCGGCAUGGCGUACGUGAUGCAACAAGCCGACAGGGACAAGGGCUUCGUCGUGUUCCUCGCGCUGGAGCCCCAGUAUGUGCCAUGCUUUGAGGACGUCUUCUACAACAACUAAAAUCCACGUCUUGGCCAUGUUUCGACAGUUCACAGCACCCUAAGAUUUGUGUGAUCACAUCUUGCCUUUGAGGCACAUGAAUUUUCCCGAUUCACAAGCCUUGUAUCUGUAUUUUAUUGUGUGGUUCUUGUAUUGAUUUUUCAUUUUU